CCAUGAUCUACUUUGAUUAUACACACACACAGGCUUGGAAACGCGAGGUCAAACUUCAAUCAGAACUAAUUGACAGAGCCAAGAUUCAAGCUUAGAUCCAACUCAGGAUUCAGAUAUGAUAGGAUCAACUUUGUCCGUCCUAGGACGAUCCUCAAGAAUAUCCUAUGGAGGAUUGUCAACCUCUGCUAGGAAUUGUUAUCGACGACGAGGGGACGGAACAAUCUACCGUAAAAUAUUUCCGUAUUUAAAUCAUCCUGACGGUUCUCUCAACCAUUUUGGAAUUCAACAGAAUAUUCUAAUCGUAACCAUUUCAACCUUUACAAUACUCAGCAUAGCUGAGUACUUCAAGGAACCAGAAAUCGAUGAGAUGAGUGAAGAAACCGAACCUGUUUCUAUUUUUGAAGCAAUAAUUAAAAAGAUUUUCGUCUCUGACGAUUCUUAAUAGACAACGAAAUUUUUAUGAGUUCUAAAGUUUACUUGAAUACCGGAACCUGUGAAAAUGUUUUUUCUUUAAUUGUUUUAAAAAUCCUAGCGUUAAUUAUGUUAGGUAAUAGUCAUGUCCGAUAGAUUUAAUAAUAUUUCAGAAAAAUGUCUGCUGGGAUGAGUCACAGCAAACCACGCGUAGCGUACUUCUAUGACCCGGAUGUAGGGAACUUUCAUUACGGACCGAUGCAUCCUAUGAAACCUCACAGGUUAUCGGUAACUCACUCCCUCGUACUAAACUAUGGUUUACACAAGAAAAUGCAGAUCUUUCAGCCCUACAUUGCUAGUGGACCAGACAUGACAAGGUUUCAUUCUGAGGAGUAUAUUGAGUUUCUGCAGAAAGUGAAUCCAGCGAAUAUUCAGAGUUUUAACAAGAGUUUAACCCACUACAAUGUCGGAGCUGCAGAUUGUCCAGUAUUCGAUGGGUUGUAUGAAUUCUGUUCAAGGUAUACAGGAGCUAGCCUAGAAGCUGCCGAAAAGCUAAAUACAGAAGCUGCUGAUAUUGCAAUAAACUGGAGUGGUGGAUUACAUCAUGCAAAAAAGUUUGAAGCUAGUGGUUUCUGCUACGUGAACGAUAUUGUGGUCGCUAUCUUAGAACUUCUCAAAUACCACGGCAGGGUUCUGUAUAUAGAUAUAGAUAUUCAUCAUGGAGAUGGUGUUCAGGAAGCGUUUUAUCUGACGGAUCGUGUGAUGACCGUUUCUUUUCAUAAAUACGGGAAUUUCUUCCCUGGGACCGGGCACAUGUACGAGACCGGGGCGGGCAGUGGACGAUGCUAUAGUGUAAAUAUACCUCUCAAGGAGGGGAUGGACGAUAUGUCCUACGAGUUUGUCUUCCAGCCAAUCAUGCAGAAGGUUAUGGAGUUCUACCGACCAAAUGUAGUUGUUCUACAGUGUGGAGCUGAUUCAUUAUCAGGGGAUCGGUUAGGUUGCUUUAAUCUUAGCACUAGAGGGCACGGUAAAUGUGUUGAGUUCAUGAAGAAGUUUAAUAUCCCCCUCAUGCUACUGGGUGGUGGAGGGUAUACUGUGAGGAACGUGGCCCGGCUCUGGGCCUAUGAGACGAGUAUCUGCUGCGAGGAGGAUCUCGCCAACGAACUCCCGUACACAGAGUACUUCGAGUACUUCAGUCCCGACUUUACCCUUCAUCCGGAAGUAAACCCUAGGAUGGAGAACGCUAACAGCUCCGCAUACCUCCAGGCAAUCGUGGAAACGAUUGAACGUCAACUAGACCUGUUAGCCGGUGCACCCAGUGUACAAAUGCACGACGUGCCUGACGGAUUUCACGGAUUUAUGAAAAACCGACCGAAGCCGGAAGAGGAUCCGGAUAAGAAGCCCCAGUUGAUGGAUUUCUUGAAGACAGAGCACAACGGAGAGUAUUAUGACGGAGAGAGUGAUCAGGACGGUGAAGAGGAACCAGAAACAUGAUCCAAGACAAAUAAAAACUUUACUUCAGUACCUUGAACAUACAAAACUCGAACUGUUCGGAAAGUUUCUCAGUUAUCUCAAGCCUAAUACUUUCUUUUCUGAUCAGAAAACAGUGAAGCCGGGUUCGGUGUAAAUAAUAACCUAAUUUAAUUCUCUUUUUUACAAAUGAUACUGUAAAAUAAUUUCUUACAUCGAAGUAUUUUUAUUUACCCUUAAAACUAUGUAAAAGAUUACUAUAGCUUAAAAUUUAAAAUAAUGACAAAUGGAAUUUAUAUUUCAGAAGUUAGCUUAACUUUUUUUGUAAUAAUCUUAAAUACAGGAAAUUUUUUUUUAACUUUAUAAAAUGAUAGAAUGGCUGCAAGUAGAUUUUUAAUUCCCGGUUGAAUAAGUACAAUACAGGGUAGGACGUCUGUACCCUGAAAUGUAUUUUAUGUACUUAAAUCAUCAUUGUAAUGAGAUGUUUUUAAAUCAAACCCUAUUAAUUUAACAAUUCAAUUUUUGAUAAAUGUUCCAAACAUGUACACUGCAUUUCUUGUUAGAAUAAAUUAACUUAUUAUUGAAUUCUGUAUCUCCUCUUGAUCAAUCAAUUACUCAAG